AUGAUAGUUUCGAGACUCGAAAUUAAUAUCAAAAGACUUUUAAAAUGUACGGAAGCAUUAAGUACGGAUGAUUUAGCAACAUCGGAUUGGAAAUUAGAAAAGUAUGUUGAAGCAUUAUCAGAAAUGUUACAAGAAUUGCAAAAAAAAUCCAAAAAACCAGAUCCAGAAGUAUUAAAAGAAUAUGGCAGAAGAAUAGAUUUAUUAAAAAAAUUAGUCGAUUCACAAAAAAUAGAUAAUGUAGAAAAAAGAGGUGUGGCUUUACAAAUGAUGCCUCAUGGUAUAGCAACAUCAAAUGGAAAUAUUUGUUUAGAAAUUGUUCAAAAAAAUACAUCGAAAAAUUAUUUAGAUAUGAGAAAUGAAUUGUUUAGUACAGAGCCAGCAAAUAAAAAUGAAGUGAGACAUAGAAAAUUUGAAAAAUCAACUGGAGAAGAUGUUGAUUCUGUUAUUAAAUAUCAUCAAGUUGUACAAGAAAACAUAGUUAGCAAUAUGUUACAUUUGACGAGAGAUUUAAAAGAACAAACCAAAGUAGCAAAUACAAUAAUUAAAAAGGAUAUUGAAACACUUCAAAAAUCUACAAAUUUAGCUGAUAAAAAUUUAAAUAGAUUAAAAAUUGAAUCGAGUAAACUAGAAGAACAUAAUAAAAGAGCUUGGAGGUGUUGGAUGUGGGUUUUAAUAUUUUUCGUUAUGAUUAUUUUUAUUUGUGAGUAA